AUGCACCCGAAGUCACCCUCUCGACCGUCCGGCCAGGACUCUCCCGGCGCCUCCCCUUCUACCACUUUCAAGGCGUCCGCACGACCAUCUGCAGCCGACCCCAAAACAUUUUACAGGUCCAUGGGGCUACCACAAGAUUCCUCUCAAGCCCAAUUCAAGAAGGCGACUGAGCACGACCUCCCCCUCGAUCCCGACUCGGCCAUCCUCGAACGCGAUUUGUCGGCGUAUAUGCCACCGAAUUGCAAAGAUCCCACCCCUCCUGAAUGGCCGACGGGGACCGAAGGUGCUGCCCACUAUCAGCAGGCUGCCAAGUUCAUGAACUCGGUCUUGAGUGUAGCCCGAGAGGCCCAUACCAAGUUUGGCAAGAGUGUCGAAUAUUGCGCGCUCGAUUCAUUAUACACGGAGCAAUUCCGAAGGAUCGCUUACGACAAGCACCUCAUGUCUGACAAGGACAGCGACAAGGAGCUCAAACCAGACCUGGUCGGGUGCAAACUCAAUGACCUAUCAGUCUUCGAUGACGGCACACAAGCACUGGUCCUUCACCCCAAAUCCUCCAAAAAAUCAAACCGCGUGCAGGCAGCGCACCUGAUCACUUUUGGCGAGGUCAUAAAGGAUCAGAGUAUCUACGAGGCUGUACUUCAAGCCUCCACCUAUGGUCGAGCUACUUUUGGCUCCCACCCUAAUCGAUGUGGUGUACGCUUCGUUGUCAUAUCGCUCAAUGGUACCAAAGUGCAAGCGGCCAUCGGGGAAAUGGAUAUGGCAAGCAUCCACCUCACACACAUCCACAAUCUCAAGGAUGACUACGAGUAUACCCGCUUUUGGCGUCUCCUUGCAGGGAUGUACUGUUCUCCUAUCGACGAUGCUGGCUGCAACCGGCGCAUGCGCUUCUACUCCAAUGAAGCCGGAAACAUGGUGCCUGAAAAGUGGUCCUACCCUCAGGGAGUGUGGAGAUGCGUCGAGAAACGCCUGUGUAACCGGAACAGCUUCUGGUCUCGAACUACCCGCGUCGAUGCCCUUCAUUCCGCUGAAUCUCGGAAAAUUACAGAGUAUCAAUUUGCCCGGCCAGCCCCAUUGAAGAAGCGAAAGAAGGAGGAAGAUACAAUCACCCAACCUACCAAACGUGGGAAGUCUGGGCAAAGCUCAAUGUCUGCGGAACGGAGGGUGGAGGCAACGCAUGAGCCAAACCAAUCAACUGCUUCAAAACAAGGCUCGGGCGUGGCUGUGUCAUCGCCUCUAUUCAAUCACGGAAAUAUCCAGCCGUUUGACGCUCCACCCAUGACUGUUAUUGUCCAAUCUUCCACAAAGACUGAGCACAAAGUGCAAACCGACAUCUACAUUCCCAUCACUCGACACAACGAUCCUGAAAGACAAGUGUACCAAUUUCUGGAGAAAGUGCUCGACCAUAACCAGUCCAUGCUUGGCAUUGCUCGAUUUGCCUCUCGUCGUCAGGGUCGCCCAACUAGGGCUGUAAGCUGUGGGGUGGGAGAGAGUGGCGAGAAAUUUUACCGCAUUGGUCUCAGAGACUCAGACGAAUUGACGAGCGGGAAUGAUCUUUUGCAGAAAGUCACCGGCAAUCUUAAACUUAGCAAACAUGUCAUUCUUGACAGUCUUCCCCCCCGACAAGCGUCCUCUGUACAGCCAAAACCGGUCACCCGUCGUGUCGAGACCCUCCAGGAAACCGUAACAUUAGGGCUCACAUUGUUCGACAUAUACGAGAAGCACAGUAUGUUGGGUCUUGUGAAAGCUAUACUGGGUGCAUUGCAUGGUGGGUACAGCGCGGGGGAUGCUCCGGAGUAUCAUGAAUGUGGCUAA